AUGGUUGUGUCGGGGCGGGGCGGCGGGGGCGGGAGCGGCGGCGGAGACGGAGACGGUACGCGCGGUGCCGCGGCCGGGGCCGGGGCCGCGCCGCCCCGACACCUCCCCGGCGUGCGGCCGCGCGGGGCCAGCCCAGCCCGCUGCCGGAGUGCGGGCGGCAGCGGCGGCGCUGAGCCGGCGCUUCCCAGCGCGAUCCAGGUGAAUGUUGUUCAGGCAGCAUCGCCGGGAGCUCUCGGGCGCCUGCCGCUUCUCGGCGUUCCUUUUUCCGGACAGGAUGGUGUGCCAGCAGAGACUCGGCGACACUCGGGAGAAGCUGAUGUCCCGAGGGAGAAGGCUUUAGCUGCUUCGCUGAGGAGCGGGAGCUCCCAUCGGAUGAACUGGAAGUCGGGCAGGAGCCAUAUACCAGGCCCACCACCUCACCCGCUUCAACCGCCAGGCUGGGGCUCCCAGGUGGGCACCAACAGCGACCUGGCAAAUUUCAAAACGUCUCUCUUUGCCUUGAGUUUAGAGACUAAAGUGCAAACUUCGCCGAAUUUUUCCGUUUCUUCUUCCUUGAAAUUAACAUAAUAGUGACCGAGAAUGUGAGAUAUAUGGAAAAUCACUUCUGAAACAAAGCCUUUUAAUUUGCCAGUGCAACUGACUGUUCCCCGCAGCUGUUCAUCUAAUUCAUCAGCA